AGCAGCAAUGCCUUGACGAUUGCAUGUGUGUUGUGGCCAUUUACGAAAAAACAGGUGGCUAUUGUUGGAAGAAGAAGUAUCCUCUGUCCAACGGAAGAUAUAGCACAAAUAUUACGAGAAUAGCUUUCAUCAAGGUACCUAAUAGCUUUGUUCCAGUGAAGAAAAGCCAGUCUGUGGUGGUUGUUUUGGCACUACUCCUUGGCAGCUCUGCAUUUCUCAAUAUCCUUUUCUUCAUAGCUAGUAUUGUGGCUAUUAUCUACUUGCACCACAAAAAGCUGAAUUCGCCAUGGAAUAUUGAUAGCACACUUGCAACAAAUGUGAGAAGCUAUACAUAUAAAGAGCUCGAACAAGCAACCAGGGGCUUCAAGCAAAUAGUAGGAAAAGGUGCUUUCGGAACUGUUUAUAAAGGGGUCCUUCCAUCAGGUUCAAAAAGAUUUGUUGCAGUCAAGAAGUUAGGUAAGGUGGUAGAAGAAGGUGAGAAAGAAUUCAAAACAGAAGUGAGCGUGAUUGGUCAGACUCAUCAUAAAAAUUUAGUCCGGUUGCUUGGUUAUUGUGAUGAGGGGCAGCACCGGCUAUUGGUAUAUGAGUACAUGAGUAAUGGCUCUUUAGCUAACUUUCUCUUUGGGAUAUCCAGGCCUCAUUGGAACCAAAGAGUGCAGAUUGCUUUUGGAAUUGCAAGAGGUCUCAUGUACUUACAUGAAGAGUGCUGCACCCAAAUCAUCCAUUGUGACAUAAAGCCUCAAAACAUACUUCUGGAUGAAUACUUUACACCAAGGAUUGCUGAUUUUGGAUUAGCAAAGCUUUUGUUGGCUGAGCAAACUCGAGCUGCUCGAACAGGAAUAAGAGGGACGAUUGGGUACUUUGCACCUGAAUGGUUUAGGAAAGCAUCCAUUUCCGUUAAGGUUGAUGUGUACAGUUUUGGUGUGAUGUUACUUGAGAUUAUUUGUUGCAAGUCUAGUAUUACAUUUGCGUUGCAAGCAGAGGAGGCAUUGAUAGAUUGGGCUUACGAAUGCUACAAAGAUAAAAAAUUAGAUAAGUUGAUAGAAAACGAUGAGGAAGCAAGUAAUGACAUGAAGAGGCUAGAGAGGCUUGUGAUUGUGGCAAUUUGGUGUAUUCAAGAAGAUCCUUCACUGAGACCCUCGAUGAAAAAGAUCACACAGAUGCUUGAGGGAGUUAUUGAAGUCUUUGUGCCCCCAAGUCCUUCAUUGUAUAAUCACUCUCCACCUUCAAAAAGUAGUUCCCUUGAGUUUUCAUUCUCCUCAGUUGAAAGGUAAGCAUUUGAGAUUGAUGAUAAUGGGUAACUUUGUAAAUAACUAAGUGUUGAGCAACCUCUUUUAAAGGUGAGGCGCCACACCUAUUCUUAUUUGUAUUAUGGUAUCAAAUUCAGACUGAUCCGUGGUUGGUUUCCGUUAUUCAUUAGUCUCUUGCUCUGUCCUUUGUUCUUGGAUACAAGGUACCCUUGUUUCAUGCCUAUUAUUCUUUAGUGUCUUUCACCUUCUUAGUUACUUAGCUUUAAUUUUGGAUUCCUAGUUCAAUCUGACUCUUUUUUUUUUUCUUGGGAUAGUUAAAU